ACUCGAAAGCAGCAUUAGGUCUGAUCGACGUGUGUCCUCGGGGUGAACGUCACGAGUCCGAAAUCCUCCGCGGAGUCACCGACGUCAGUUGGUCCGGACAAGAAAGGUGGAAGGGACUAGUGUUGUUGGGCCCCACUGGGUCGCGUUCAUGUAGUCGGUAAGCGCGGUCGGUUCCACCCCGAGGAGCGAGCAGCAGGUGCACGCGGAUGGCGAUACAACUCGGGCCAAACUCCGCUUUCUCCGCUCGGCGUGAACGUCGGCGUGUCGGCACGUGUGUGAAGAAACGAGCGAACGCGAGAAAGUCACUUUGUUUUGGGGAAAAGAGCGUAAGAGCGCGACUCCCUGCUGUCUCCUCUCGAGGGUAACGUCGGCAUUGGGAAGGGGGGGGGGGAGAAGAAAAGAAGAGGCAUACGCGUCUCGUCCCGUCUCUCUGCACGCGAACAUGGAGAAAAGUUAACGCGGAACGUGAACGUUGACUCAAAGUUCCCUCGAGCGCGACUUCGACAUUUGAGAAGCGUAUCUAUGCGUUUUGAUUUGCGAAAGGAGAAAAUCAACACCCUGGAUUAAUGAGCUACGUGGCGAGACUCUAGCGCAGGUUUCCAGGGUAUCGCCGGAGCAGAAGAGGAGCAAUGGAGAAGGACAAGAGGGCGACGGGCGGCCGGACCCGCUCCCCGGAUGGCCGGGCCCGCUCCCCGGAUGGCCGGGCUCAGGACCGGGUGAACAGCGUGGACCCGUAUGGCUUUCAGCGCUCAAAGCACUUUGAUUACGAGUCAUAUGAGGAGCUCAUGUCCGAGUAUCUAGUCGUGCUCACCCGACGAUCCAUCAAGUGGUCCAAGCUGCUGAAGGGCCAAAGCAAAGUGCAGAGGAAUGUAAAACUAAAGCGCUAUGUUCGUAAGGGGAUUCCCAAUGAGCACCGGGCUCUGGUCUGGAUGGCAACCAGCGGGGCUCAAGACCAGCUCGAGAAGAACCCGGGACACUACCAGGCCCUGCUCGGAGCCCAGCACGACCCCAAACUGGUGGAGACCAUCUGCACAGACUUGAACAGAACAUUUCCAGACAACGUCCAGUUCCGCAAGACAUCCAACCCUUGUCUGCAGAAAGCCCUGUACAACGUGCUGCUGGCUUAUGGCCACCACGACCCAGCUGUGGGCUACUGCCAGGGGAUGAACUUCAUAGCUGGCUAUCUGCUUAUUGUCACCAAGGAUGAAGAGAAGUCCUUCUGGCUGAUGGACGCACUACUUGGUAGAAUCUUACCAGACUACUACACUCCAUCCAUGAUGGGGCUGAAGACGGACCAGGAGGUGUUAGGGGAACUGGUGAAAGUCAAGCUCCCCGGAGUCUGGCAGACCAUGAUGGAUCACAAUGUCAUGUGGACCCUGGUGGUCUCCCGGUGGUUCAUCUGUCUCUUCAUAGACGUCUUGCCUGUAGAGACCGUUCUGCGGAUUUGGGAUUGCUUGUUCUACGAGGGCUCUAAAAUCCUGUUCCGUGUAGCCCUGUCACUGAUCCACCACAACCAGGCUCUGAUUCAACAGGCCCGGUCGCUGCCGGACGUCUGCCAAAACUUCAAGCAGAUCACACACGGACCAGUUGUUGAAGAAUGCCACACUUUCAUGCAGAAAAUCUUCAUUGAGCCAGGAAGUCUCUCCAUGGCAACCGUGACUAAGCUGCGGGCGACAUGUCGAUCUCGCUUGGUUGCAGAAGAGUCCUGAACCAAACUCGACUGCCUGUUGCUCAAACUCACUACACAUUCCACCGGGACGGGGAGCUUCUUCUCUUUUUCCACCAACUAAAUGUCACAGGAACUCAUACAGCCCAAGUGUAAAUAUAUAUGCUGGAAGGAGAUUAUUCUUAGCAAUGUGCUGUAUGAGCGAACUAUUCCAUUUGAAAUUAACACACUUUUGAUAUAUUUUGCACUUUACUAAGAAAGUCAGAGACACUGUAGAGAAAAAGGUUUUGCAGCAGACGGUCAGGUCCGAUAAAUAGUGUCGCACCACCAAGAGGCCUACUGUAUUUCACAUUGACGGGGAAAUGAAGACUGAGAAUACUGCAUGCGGUUAUUUCUUGCUGCGGUAAUAAUCAAAUGUGAAUUAUGAUUUUAUGAAAAUGUAUUUUUUCAAACAUUUCUAAAUCUGAUUCAUGUACUUACUGGUUUAGAUUUUGAGCAAAUGCUUUAGUUCCACUCCUCAAUCAUUAACUCAAGCGCACUAUGAUGAAUUGAAUGAAGUUUAAAUGAAAGGGUCGCUCUCUUUCUCACGGUGUGUCCCGUUUGGUUUGUGUUUUAAACAAAGUACUGAUAUCAGAUUUUGUUGCAAUGGUCAAAAAUAACCUUUGAGAUUAUCUCCUCUCCCACACAAAAGAAAAUCAGUGCUGGAAUUUUAAUAUUUUUAUUAACUUUCAGUAAGAUGCAUAAUAGAAAAUGGAUCAAAUCAGAUCAAACCAUUUCCUAUAAAAUUAAAAGAAAAUCACUACAAUUCAUAUUGGUGGGGCAAGAAUGGGAAAACAAAUCCGGUUACCUAUUCACCUGUAAUAUUAAAAACAUUUUAAUAAUGCAGUCGCACUCUGUACAGAUGGACAACUACACAGUCAAAGCCUUUGUCAUCACAAUUACCAGACUGUGUUUAAUUAGCUGAACGAAGUUGGAAAAGACACUCGAGGGCUUUCCCUUUUCUUAGAACUAUCUUCAUCUGGUGAAGUUGAACAAAUAAAUGCUAGUGAGCAUG